AAACCCUUGUCAUUCAGUGAUGUAGCCAUUGAUUUCUCUCCAGAGGAAAGUGAAUGCCUGAAUCCUGCUCAGUGGAAGUUGUACAAGGAUGUGAUGUUGGAGAAUUACAGCAACCUUGUUUUACUUGGUCUUGCUUUCUCUAAACCAUCUUUGGUCACAUUUCUGGAGCAAAGAAAAGAGCCUUGGGAUGUCAAGACACAAGUUACUUUAGCCAUCCACACAGGAACAAAACCCUUUAAGUGUAAAGAAUGUGGCAAAGCCUUUGAUCAGCACUCACGCCUUAUUCAACAUUUGGGAAUUCAUACUGGAGAGAAACCCUACAAAUGUGAUGAAUGUGGUAAAGCCUUUGGUGCUCGCUCAGCACUUUCUGUACAUCAGAGAAUUCAUACUGGAGAGAAGCCCUACCGGUGUGAAGAAUGUGGAAAAGCCUUUAUUAGUAAUUCAGCUCUAAAUGCCCACAAGAAAAGGCAUACGGGUGCAAAAUCUUUUGAAUGUGAAGAAUGUGGCAAAAGGUUUUACUCUGCUUCAGUGCUUAAGCAGCAUGGAAGAAUUCAUUCUGGGGAGAAACCGUACAAGUGUGAAGAAUGUGGCAGGUGCUUUGGUGAUCACUCAAACCUUUCUAAACACAAGAGAAUUCAUACUGGAGAGAAACCAUAUAGGUGUGAAGAAUGUGGAAAAGCCUUUACAAGUAAUUCAUCUCUGACUUGGCACAAGAUACGGCACACGGCAGACAAACCCUACAAAUGUGAAGAAUGUGGCAAAAGUUUUUACUAUCCUUCAGCCCUUAGACAUCAUCAAAGAAAUCAUUCUGGAGAGAACCCCUAUGGUUGUGAAGAAUGUGGCAAAGCCUUUAGUACUCACUCAAAACUCUCUAAACACAAGAGAAUUCAUACUGGAGAGAAACCCUACAAGUGUAAUGAAUGUGGCAAAGCCUUUGGUACCCACUCAACACUUUCCAAACACAAACGAAUUCAUACUGGAGAGAAACCCUACGAGUGUGAAGAAUGUGGCAAGACCUUUGGUACUCGCUCAAUCCUUUUUAAACACAGGAGAAUUCAUACUGGAGAGAAACCCUACAAGUGUGAAGAAUGUGGAAAUGCCUUUGCUCAUAAUUACUCCCUUACUAAGCAUAAGGUCAUUCAUACUGGAGACUUCCCUUACAAGUGUGAUGAAUGUGGUAAAACAUUUUUGUUUCCUUUAGCCCUCACCCGACAUCAGAGAAUUCAUAGUGGAGAGGAAUCCUACCCAUGUGACAAAUGUGACAAAAUGUUUUACUCUACUACAAAACUCAGAAAACAUCAAAGAAUUCAUUCAGAAGAGAAACCGUACAAAUGCAAAGAAUGUGGCAAAGCUUUUAAAAGAUCUACACUCCUUCGCCAACACCGAAGAGUUCACACUGGAGAGAAACCUUUCAGAUGUCAGGAAUGUGACAAGUCCUUUCCCACCAUUUCAGCUGUUACCCAGCACAAGGUUGUUCAUACUGGACAGAAACCCUACAAAUGUGAAGAAUGCAAGAAAACAUUUUGUUAUAUUUCCAACCUUAAAAGACAUCAAAAGGUUCAUUCUAGAGAGAAAGUGUGCAUGUGUGAAUAUUGUGGGAAAGUCUUUGCUAACCCUACAGGACUUAGUCAUCAUAAGAGAGUUCAUAGAAACUUUAAAAAAUAGGAAAGUGUUCGGUCUGAUAGAAGCCCUAAGAG